AUGAAAUCUCAAUUCUCCAAUAAAUGCUUUUUUAUCUUUGUUUACGCAGUCAUCAUAUACACAAUUCAAUUUCAUGACAUAUCCAACCCAACUUUCAAUAUCAGGCACAAAUACAUUGAAAUUGACACUAAUCAACAAAAAAAUCUCGUAACAAUUCCUUUUUUUCAAUCUGAGUCUACUCAUAUGACUCGACUUACUAGGUAUUUACCAAUGCAUUAUAUAGAUUUCGUUUUGGUUACAGAAAAUUGUAAUGAUUCUUCUUUAUUGAACUUAAAAAAGCCAAGAUGCCAUAUAAUGAAAUCGACAGCUUAUGUGGGCAUCUAUGAUCAUGCAUUUUGCUCGUUAGAUCCCCAAACUCAAGAAUAUACUUUAGAUAUGCAACCUCCUUACGAUCAGCCACUUUCAAGAUCUCGUACAACGAAUGAUAAGAGUGAAAUCGGUGUUUGGUUCGAAGAAACAUACCACGAAUGGGGUCAUCUCAUUCAUGACUUCUUAGGUUCAUUUACAUUCAUUCCUGAGUACGUUUUAGAGCAAGGUGUUGUUGCGCCAGGCCCAUGGAGUAAAGCAGAAAACGCUCCUGAGUGGCUAAGACUUCUAAAAUGGAAUGUUACAGUUUUUGAUGGAUAUACGCAUUUAAGACGCUAUGUAAACCAAUUAUACGUCGUUGCCCCAUUGAUGCUUGCUGAUGGUGUUACAACUGGAGGCAUUCCGAAGCUCCGAGAGCGAUUUGACAAAUUAUAUAAUUUGUCAUCUAUUCCAGCAACUCGUUACGUUGUUUCCAAUAAAUACAACAGACGAACCUUGACAAAUUUCAACGAAUUAGUUGAGUCUUUGAAGAAAAACGUUUCUCCACCAAAUGGAAACCAGUGGGAAGUCUACAAACUGGGAAAUAAUUUAACAAACACAAUGUACGAGUGGGCAACCUUCAAAGUUCUCGUUUCUGUCGCAGGUUCAAUGAUGUAUAAUUCAGUUUUUAUGAAAAGUUACACUGGGAUGUGUUUAGUGUUUUCCAAUGCAAUGGAUAUUGAAAAUAUGCAGCUAUGCAUUUGUUCUAAGAUAUUCAUGGCCGGCGUUGUCCAUCCAAAAUUUAUUCAUGAAUAUAAGGAAUACGCUUGUGACAUGGAACGGGUCGUAAAGCAUACAAAACAAGUUGUUGAGGCUGUGGAAAACAGAGGAUGGAAGGAUCAUGAAGGUUUAGUCCAAUUCUUCGAUCCAGAAAAACUGAAGGCAUGUCCGACAGAUAUUAUUAACCCAACUUACGUAGAUCAGGUUAUUGUUGAACCUAUUUACGAAAAAGAUAAUUGGGCGCAUUAA